UGGGUGCCCGGACGCGGAAGACCUGGCCCCGCGCAGGUUCCCGCUUUUGAAGCGUGGGAGGUGGAAGAGGCGGCAGGUUGUAGAUUUUGGUCUUGGCCCCAAGGGGUUUCCCCAGGCCAUUAGAACCCAAGAGAGGAAGAGGAGGCACCACAGCGGCAGCUGAGGGGCCGAACCCCCUACCUGUCCUCCAAGCGGGGAGGGGGCCAGGGAGGGAAGAAGCACCGAUCACAGGACUAAGCAGCCUCCGGGACCGGGUCCCGGAGCAUGGGGGGCUGGACCGGGUCCCCGAGCAUGGGGAGCUGGAGCCGCCGAGGUCGCCCGGCCGGGCCCUGCCCGACUGUCAGCUCCUCCGUGCUACCGCUGCCCGGGCAGCCGCGGCGUCUGUAGCCCGGCCCCGCUUGAGGUCGUCGGCCGAAAGAUAGCAACAUGAGUUCCGCUGCUGCCUAGUUUCCUCCCCCUCCUUCUCUUCUCCUUCCGUCCUCCUUCUCCUUCCUCUCUCCUCUUCCCAUACCUCGUCCUUCUUUUCCUCCUCCGUGCUCCUCUUUUCCCUCCACCUUGCCCUCUUCCUUCCCUUCUCUCCUCUUUCCCCCCAUCUUUCUCUUUCUUUCCCCUUUCUGCCCUCCUCCUUUUACCCUCUCUGUACUCCUGCUUUUCUAUCUAUCCUUUUCCCCUCACUCUUGCUCUUUUCCCUCCUCCCUCCAUCCCUCUCUUCCUUCAUCCUCUUCCUUUAUUCUGUCACCCUCCACCACAACCUCUCCCUCCUCCUCCCUUCUCUCACUGUCAUCCUCCCUUCCUCAUCCUCCUCCUCCUCCUCCUCCUCCUCUCCUGCUUUUCUCCGCCCCAACCCCCGCCCCCAAGCCUCCGCCCCUUAGCCCCCGCCCCCAGCUGCCAGUCCCCAGCAGCUCAGUCCUGCAGUGAGAGUCUUGGGAGUCCAUAGCUAAGCACCAGGAGCCGAGCACUGUACGCUGUGCCUGGCUGCAAGUCUCCGACAUGGCUCAGGAGAAAAUGGAGCUGGACUUUGAGCCUGACACAUCUGAUGGGGGCACCCUGAGGAGAUCCAACAGCGCUCCCCUGAUCCAUGGGCUCAGUGACCUUUCGCAAGUUUUUCAACCUUACACAUUUAGAACUCGGAGGAAUAGUACAACGAUUAUGAGCCGUCACAACUUGCUGCUGUCAUCCUCACCUAAUCGUGUUGCGAGUAGCAGACUGCAUCAGCUCAAAAGGGAGGAGGGCAUGGAUAUGAUGAACAGAGAAACUGCGCAUGAAAGGGAAGUGCAAACAGCAAUGCAGAUAAGCCAGUCAUGGGAUGAGAGCUUGAGCCUGAGUGAUAGUGAUUUUGACAAGCCGGAGAAAUUAUAUUCUCCUAAAAGGAUUGACUUCACUCCAGUUUCUCCAGCACCGUCACCUACCAGAGGAUUUGGAAAGCAAUGUUUUUCACCAUCCUUACAAAUGUUUGUGAGCAGCAGUGGGCUGCCACCAAGUCCUGUUCCUAGUCCGAGACGCUUUUCCAGGAGGAGUCAGAGUCCAGUUAAGUGCAUUAGGCCCAGUGUUCUUGGUCCUCUUAAAAGAAAAGGUGAAAUGGAGACUGAAAGCCAGCCUAAGAGGCUCUUCCAAGGCACUACCAAUAUGUUGUCUCCGGAGGCUUCACAAUUGUCUGAUCUCAGUUCAUGGUGGUGUUAUCAAGGAGAAGAAAUUCCUGCCUUGACCAGAUGUGUGGAGCAUCUACAAAUGAAUGAAUAAUGUUAUUUACACACAAACCACUGUGUAGAAAAGCAUACAUGGAGCUUGACAGCUUGUCUCGGUGGUAUUGUGAGGCCUGAGGUGCCUUGGGGUACAGUGUUGUGCGUAAAGAUCUGUAUCGUCAAGUAGGGUAGACAAGGGGGCUUUAUGUGUCGAUUGCCACAGACUGUUUCAAUUGCUGCUGUUUUCCGAUUACUUUUUGUCAUUGGAUGCAUUUGUUUUGUCAUGUGGUGAGUGGUGCUGCUGACUGUGUUUUGGUUAUUGUGUUGCCACCAGAAUCAGAAUCAAGUUCUUGUUCAUGCUUCCUUAUAGCAAGGGCAGUCUAAUAUUUACGAGGAAGCUUUUAGGUGCUGAAAAAGUCAAUGUUAUUGUGCAUUCUGCUUUUAGGAAGCUGUUUGAGCGGUGAACAGUGUACAUGAUAGUAAGUCUGAGGUACCAUAAGUUAUUUAACUUUUAAAAGAGGAAAUCCUGACAGAGCUAUUUAAAAAACCUGAGUGUAAUCUAUUGUUGUGUUAUUUAUUACUUAAAACUGUGUGAAAAUGUCUGUUGUGAUAGAUUUCUUUUAAUGUUCAGGCAUCGUGGUUGGCUUGUCUGUAUUUAAUAUAUGCAAAUUUGCCUGCUAGGAUCAUAAUAUUCCGUUUUUAAAUGAAUGUAAGAAAAGAAAACUACUGCAUUUGUGUCUUUUGAAGGCAAAGAUCCUUGAACUUUAAAGGAAGAUGAUGUGAUUUAUGGGUACUCACAGACUAGUAAUACUGUAUGGCUUGAAGGGAAACUUCUCUUUAAAUUAUGAGGGAGCAUUACUUAACUUGCAGUAAGUAGUUCUGUUACAGCAUCAGAUGUGUUGUUUAUUUGAAAUUGUCAUAGCCGCCAUAAUGGCCAUUAAUGGCUUUAUUUCUUAUAUUGCUUUCACCUGUGCAAAGUCCCUAAUCCUUCAAACCUAACAUAAAUGUAUAUAUUAUGAAGAUUGUUCCCUAGUAUGUCAUCUUAAAGAAAAAUUACUUCGAUGGUAUUCAGUGUAUUUAUUCUGUUUGUGAAAGAACCAUGUUAAGAUGUUUCUGCCUAUGUAAUGCCGAGAGAUGGUUUUAUCUUACAGGAUAUUUAUCAACCUUCACUCUACUGUCUUCUUUGCCUUAAGGGAUACUUUUGGCCAUCAUUUUUUGGCUCUGAUUUAGAACUCUUUGAGAAAUAACCUUUGGAAUGUGAUGAUAUUUAAAUUUAUUUUUGAAAUUCAGCAGUGGGGUGGAAUUGGGACAGGAAAAUGAAAUUGUUCCAGUAGUAUGAGAACUAGGAGGCAACUUUAUUGAACUUUAUUAAACUUUAUUGUUUAAACAAAGGUUCAUUUUUAUUGUUUCAACAGACUAGAAAGUUAAGUUUGUGCAGGGAUUGUUUUGAAAUAAAUAAAAGAUAGAGAUGCUAACCUUCAGAUGAGCUUUGUUGACAGUACCACUUUAUUUUUAUAUAAAGUCUAAUAUUUGAAAAGUGAUCAUUGUUAUAAAUUAAAAUUCUCUCUUCCUAUUCUAAUGUUAUAUCAUAUUUCAGGCUUCUAUUUGAAAACAAGUACAAGAGAUGAUAUGAUAAGAAAAUCCUAUAGAUGCUCUUUUUGCUUGACUGACAUAUAAUCACUGUGUUUCGUGAUAACUGCUUUUGGAAUAAUAGGAAGUUAUGUGAAAUGCUGACCUUGUGUAUAUCUUAGAAUGCAAAUUUAAUAAAGUGUGUACACAUGCAUAAAAUUCUGUAAAAUUUUUGAGUCUAUUUCUUUUAUG